AUGUUCGUGGAGGAGUGGCGGAUGGUGAAGAAGCUGUCGGACCUCCAGCCGGCCAAACGCCGGGACUCUCAGUUGUCCUUCCAGGACUGCCCAAAGUGCCGUCAGUGGAGGGACUGCCCAGCAGCAGCAGCCCCUGUCCCUCUGACGGUGCCCGUCCUGGAGAGGUGUCUUCCCGCCCCCAUGGGCAGUGUCACCUGGAUCCUCCGUCCCCCUCAGCAUGGCACGGUAGAGCUCCUGCCCACUACUGGCAACCUCAGGCAGGCCCUGCCAGAACAACCCUGCAACGGCUCUGUCACUCUCACCGUGGCCGAUGACGGCACCACCGUGGGUCAGUUCUGCCCUCAGGGAGCCAUAAACAAAGUCCAGGUCCACACCAACGUGUCCAUCACAGCUUCAGCCUCGACAAUUGGAGGGAAAGAGAGGUGGCCAUUCUCUCACCCUUUACUCAACAUCUCCUUCACCAGGGAGAUUGCAGAGAGAUACAUUGUCACGGUAUGCCCAAAGCAAGGAGUACCAACUCUCCUGGCCACCCCUAGUUGGCAUGUGGGAAUGAAGUCCUACUCCACUGUGUCCUGGAUCGUCGAUGUCCCCUCUAAGCUGGAAGCCCACCUCAUGUUCGACAACAUCAGCCAGCCCAAGUGCAGCAACCGCCACACGUGCAUCAGGUACAACCAGAAGAGGAUGGGUACCCCUCUGAGACGUCCUCGCUAGGUUUUUUCAUUCUAGGGAGUUUUUCUUGGCCACUGUGGUCCUGCUUCUUCCUUGCUUGGUCGUGGGGUCCAGGCCAGAUUACUGUAAAGCACUUUAUGAUGUGCUGUAAAUAAAUACAUUUGAUUUGAUCAGGGUGCAGAUCCUGGGCUCCCUGGAGGAGAUGUACAGCCGGCGGGAGGACGAGGAGGCAGGCAGGAAGAUCACUGUCUCAGAGAGCUUCUACCUCAACAUGUCCAACUGUAUGCCUGAGAGAGGAGACUUCAGCAUGCUCACACAGAUCACACUGCACAAGGAUAAGAGUGAGUGACUGACCGUGUGGAGCAGUCAUCAUGAUAAGCAGUGUUGUUCUAUCUCCUCUCACUCCCUUCUUCCUCUGGCCCUCUCCAUAGGUUGUUUGUUUAAAGUGAAUUUGAAAUUGCAGUGAAAAUCUAACGCUCAAUGUUUCUCAGCAUUUCUCUGAUAUUUUGUUCAUUCUGGUCUUACUACACUGAGUAUACCAAAAAUGAGGAACACCUUUCUAAUAUUGAGUUGCACCCCUCCAUUUUCCCCUCAGAACAAACUGAAUUCAUUGGAGCUUGGACUCGCUCAGUAGGUAGGAUUAUGCAGCUGCCUGUGGCGGCAGAUUGACGAGGGUGGCAUUUUAUGAGCUAAACUGGCCAUUUUAUGAGCUAAACUGACCAAACAAUGACAUUUUUUCUCAACCAGUGGCAUAUGGGAUUUUUAGGUGAGCGUUGAUGCCGCCCUGUGAUAAGCAGUGCCCACUUUGCUUGUCCAUUCCCAGUGAGUUUGUCCAGGGUUCUGUUGGAGACACAUCGCUAUGGCUCUGUAUCAUCAUUCCGUCCAAAACAUUAUCGGACAUGAGUCAUGUAGCAGAUAUAGGAUAUGGUAGAACGAGUAUGUGGCCUUUUCUGUAGCCUACAGACUGGAGAGAAAAUGUAUGAUAAUGUAAUGUGACAGACACUUUUUUUACAUCAUGCAGGUUUCUCCCAUCAAAAUGCCUAACCUAAAUGGCGCUCAAUCAACAAAAAAAUGCGCUGUAAUGUUAACAACAUAUCCUAAAAACAGGACAGGUCAAAGUUAAAUGGACAAUCACAACUGUUGUCCAGGAGUUUCAACCCAUUGCUGUGAUCAGUGGUUUCAAGUUUGUAUCCCUCCAUUUUUGACAAGCUGAUCAUAGCGGAAAAAGUACUUUCGCAUUUCACGCUGAUAAUCAGAACUUAAAUAGCCAAAUUGAUUAGUCACAGGAAUCCGUACUAAUAAAGCCAAUGCAACGGCCUGUUUUACAAACAGUGGGCCUAGUACAUGGAUGGGAAUUCAUCAAAUUCCAUUGGGGGCCACAUGGUAGGCUACACCCCAGUAAGCACGAGCCGCCAUCUUUUGGAAGUCUUUUUUUUGGUCCUGUCAUCAUUUUUUGUGUUUUACAAACGGUAGGCUUACCAAAUAGAUGGGCAUUCAUAUAAUUCAAUUUCAGGCAACACUGUAGGCUACACCUCAGUGAGCUUGGAAGCACGGACCAAUGCCUUUUGGGUGACCUUUUUUGGUGCAGGCUUUUAAACUUUUUUUUUUCACUUACUGGGAGUAUUCUAGUUUUGUGGUAGCAACAUUUUUUGGUCUUGCCUAGGGUGUGGUGGAAUUAUUCUAAUCAAAUGAGAGACUUUUAGAUUUCUUCAAAACAAUUGAACUUUAUUAUUUAAUUAGUGCCGUAAUGGAGUUGGUCAGUAACCACCCUGGAGGUCAUCCCUGAGAACUCAACCAGCGGGACUAAGCCACAGCAUUUUAUAGCAAAGUCCAACCUCCUGGAUGUUCAUGACAAAUCACAGAUGAGAGAAUUUAUACAAAGGUACAUUGUGCUCUCAUGCAACAGACAUCACGAUUACAUCGCAACUGGUUUCUGUCUCAAGGUCGUUUACUGCUUGUUUAUACAGAAAUAGUAAUGUAACAUAGACACGAGGUCAUUCGCUCAAAUGAUUUAAGUUCAGUGUUCAUCUGCAUAUGGGAGAGAAAAAGGAGAUUGGGUCUCCCUGGCACCGACAUACAGGCACACAGACACUAAUCAUGGAAUGGAAUGUCUUAUUACCAAGCCAUCGUAAAUCUACUGUCAGCGUUAAAAUCUCAGCGGCUCCUCUAAGAACACUGUUCUAAGAACACUAUUCUGUUGCCUAUUAGAUAUAACAGUCUGAAUGUACUAAUAUAGGGAUACAUUCUAAUAUUAAAGUGAUGUGAUUAACAUGUUGUAAUUCUACGACAGGCGGCAGAACGGCAAGGACCGGCCCUGGUUGAGUCAAGUUGGCUGGAUGUCCUUUGGGUGGUGGACCAUUCUUGACAAACAGGGGAAAUUGUUGAGCGUGAAAACC